AAAAAAAAAACCCAAAACCCAAAAAAUCAACAAAAAUGGAGAUUCUCCGCAAAUUCAAAUUUCCCGGGAGAUCCAAGUCUCCGAUCUUUGCUUUCACAGUCACCGGCCUAGCUCUAACUGCCGUCACUAGCAGCGCCACCGCCGUGUCUAUCUUCCGAGACUCUCCUUCCAAUAAAAUCGCGACGGCUGUUGAAGGCGUCGUCCGUUCUUCUCGCGCUAUCUACUCCAUCACUCUCACCGUCGCCGAUUACAAGUAUAGCUUGCGUAGAUUACCAGCAGAUUCCGAUGAGUACCUUCAGAGAUUAACAGAGGUUCAUUCACGGUCUGCUAAACGAAUUCUUAAGCUGUGUGAAAGUAAUAAAGGUUUUUAUGUGAAAGCUGGUCAGUUUGUGGCUACGUUGAAGCUGGUUCCGAAAGAGUACUCUUUGGCUCUUUCGUCGUUGCAGGACAAGGCAGUUCCUUGUAAUUUUCAAGAAAUAAAACAUGUCCUGACAAGUAAUUUGGGUCAAAAUUUAACAGAGAUAUUUUUAUCUUUUGAUGAGGAACCAAUUGCGGCAGCAUCUAUUGCUCAAGUGCAUCAUGCUGUAUUGAAGAAUCACCAGGAAGUAGCAGUAAAGGUGCAAUACCCUGGAUUGAAGCAGAACAUGAAGUUGGAUACAAUGAUCAUGUCGUUCCUGUCAAAAUCAGUGGCGAAGAUAUUUCCAGAAUACAGAUUUGAUUGGCUAGUUUAUGAAUUCGUAAAGUCAAUUUCCCAGGAACUUGAUUUUAUACAGGAGGCAAAAAAUUCAGAGAGAAUUGCCAAAAACUUUAAACAUAACAAAAUGAUUACAAUUCCUACGGUGUUUUGGGAGUUCACAACCACUCAAGUCCUGACAAUGCAGUUUUGCAAGGGUUUCAAGGUUGACGAUGUGGAAUCCCUCAAAAGCACUAAUGUAAGUCCAGAAAAGGUUGCUAAAGUGUUGGUUGAAGUGUUUGCUGAAAUGAUAUUUGUUCACGGAUUCAUACAUGGUGAUCCGCAUCCUGGAAAUAUACUAGUUUCUCCUGGAGGCCAGAAUGGUUUCUCGCUAGGUACCUUUUGUGUUCGUAAUUCUAUUAUGCCCUCUCACUAUUUCCAGAUUCUAAUCAUAGAACUUUUAAUCUUCUUCAAAAUUACUACUGGAUGGAAAGUUUUGCUAGACCAUGGGAACUGUAAAACAUUGGAUGAAGCAUUUAGGCGGGACUUUUGUCGGUUGUGGGAGGCUUUGAUUCUUCUAGACUCAAACAAGAUACAAGAAUUAGGUAAACAGUUUGGAGUUGGAAAAUAUGCCAAAUUCUUCCCCGUCAUUUUCACCGGAAGAACUAGUGACAGCAAAUCAGGACUGGGAAAAGGAAUGUCUAUACAAGAGAGGCAAAAACUGAAACAAGAGCUCAAGCUUCUGAGAUUGGAAGAUGUUACAACUUUCAUGGGGUCUCUUCCACCUGACUUUCUAACUGUACUGCGAACAGAUGGACUCAUACGUUCAAUCACUCUGAAGUUAGGUGCUCCACAACGGGUGAGACUACUCGCUUAUGCGAAAUAUGCGGUAUACGGGCUUGGCUACAAACCAACUUCUGAAUCAGAUUUUGUUGAGAAGUCAAUAAUCUCCAGAUCGGUAAUGUUAAUGAGUUACCUUCGGUUACGUUUUAUUCUAGAAUUGAUGGAACUCUUUCAAGGAAUGAAGAAGCUAAAACAUACCAUCUACGGUUUCUAUGGGCAACUCGUUGGCAGUAUCACAAAUAGUGUAAAGCGAAUUAUAUGCAGCAUAUGAAAUUAUUAUUAUGAUGUAGAAAUUGGUUCAAAAGUGUCUUUGAAAUAUUAUUUAUCUGGACGGAUAUAAGCGAAUCGACUCUUUGGCAUUUGAUGUUGUCACAGAUAAUCAGAACUAGGAAGUUAGGAACCCAUAUAAUUUGUGGGUUUGGUAUUUUAAUUUAUCCCUAAAUUUGUCCCACAUGAAUUAUUAACAUGUUCCCAAGAUCCAAGUAUAAUGAAUACAUAGAAAAUAUCUUU